AGAUGUUUGAUAAAUUUCAAUUAAAGAAAAAAAAAAAAGGUGACUCAAAACAAGAGUAGAGACGACACAAAAUGUAAAAAAGUGAAAAGUUAGAGGCUCGAUCCCUGACCAUCAAUCAUUUUCACAACAAACGAAAUUGGGCCCCAUCUUUUUCUUUAUCUCUUUCUUCACUCUCCCUAUAUAAACCAGCACACCUCCAUUUCCCCUCCAUCUUUCCUUUCCCUCCUCUACAACACUCUUGCUAAUCCUCCUAUAUUGGAGGCCGAGGAGGUGGUAUUUCAAACUCGUUCAUUACUUUGGCGGAACUUGAUUUUAUUACGUCCCGGCCCUGUCUUAACCGGGGCUUUCUAUCUAGAUUCUCAUAACACAUACAUUGUAAAUUUGUUUAUAACGUCGUUACGAAUAAUGAUGGCGUUACGGUUAGUUGUAGCUGUAUUGUUGCUGAUAACAUGCGUACCGUGGUGUGUUAACUCGCAAUUACCACAUCGACCAGUGGUGGGAAUGACAAUGGUGAAAAAUUCUACUGCUACAGCUCUUGGAGCAUAUUGCUUGGAUGGGAGUUUACCCGGAUAUCAUUUUAGCAAAGGAUUCGGUUCUGGCGCACGCAACUGGCUUUUGCAAUUUGAGGGUGGUGGGUGGUGCAAUGAUGUUGAAUCAUGCAUGGAGAGGGCUAAAACUCGUCGUGGAUCCACACACUACAUGACUAAGGUGGAAGCCUUUUCUGGGAUCCUAAGCAACAAUGAAUCCCUCAACCCAGACUUCUACAAUUGGAACCGCGUCAAGCUAAGAUAUUGUGAUGGAGCUUCCUUUGCUGGCGAUUCCAAGUUUGACAAUGGGACCUCAGUGCUUUACUUUAGAGGGCAAAAAAUAUGGCAGGCAAUGAUUCUUGAUCUUCUUCCAAAAGGGUUGGCACAUGCAGAGAAGGCUUUGCUUUCUGGUUGCUCUGCAGGGGGGUUAGCAGUGUUCCUGCACUGUGACAACUUAUCCAGGUUUCUACCAAGAAAUACUACUGUCAAAUGUCUGAGUGAUGCCGGUUUUUUCUUGGACAUAAAAGAUGUAGCCAUGCAUGACACGAUUAGGUCCUUAUACCAUGGUGUUGUUACACUGCAAGGAGUAGAGCAGAAUCUCGACAAAAAUUGCACCAGUUCUCUAGUCGAUCCUAAGCUAUGCUUCUUUCCACAACAUGUCCUAAGUUACAUUAAAACUCCCAUUUUUAUCUUAAACACUGCAUAUGAUAUGUGGCAGUUCCAUAAUAUCUUGGUACCAUCUUCGGCUGAUCAGAGAAAAGAAUGGAAGUAUUGCAAGUAUAAUGUAUCAACUUGUACUGACAGUCAAAUUCAGAAACUACAAGAUUUUCGACAGGAAAUGCUCGAGGCUUCAUACUCUUUCUAUACACAUUCAACUAGUGGAGGAAUGUUUAUCAAUUCAUGCUUUGCACAUUGCCAAAGUGAACAACAGGAAACUUGGUUCGCUGCUGACUCCCCUAGAUUGCAUAAGAAGACCAUUGCAGAGGCUGUUGGCGAUUGGUAUUUUGAACGAAACGAGACAAAGCUGAUCGAUUGUCCAUAUCCUUGUGAUUCUUCCUGUCAUAAUAUUAUACCUGCAUAGACUAAUAUACUCUGGGAAUCAUCAUAGGACUUGGAAAAUUUAUAUAGCUGAAGAUUACAUAGCCCGAUUCAAUAUACAAAAGUUUGAUUUAUUUUUCUGAUACAGAAUAGAUGAAGUAAUUCUUUGGUGUACACAUUCCUGUAAGAUAAAUUAACUUGUACCCAUUUCUUAAGAUAUUCAAUCACAAUUCUUCUAGUUCAUUCUUAUACUUCAAUGUUAUUAUACCUGUUUAUCAGAUCUAUCUGUUUCGCAACUAAAGACUUCUUCGUAAAGAUCUAUUUGUAUUUUGUACCCAUAUCACUAGUGAAUUGCGUUGGAUUCUUUUGUGUA